UAAAGCGCUGAGUUGUACGUUUUUUAUCAACACUAGGCUGUGUGCCCCAUGAUUCGGCAAGAAUACUUCCUUGUUAGUCCAUUGACUAAACGUAAACUAAUUUCUGUGUAUUUGUCUGAUAUAGAAAGCCAGGGACAAGGCAAAGGAUUUAUAAGCUUCCGUUUUCAAAGUUUUUAAUCAUAUCCAAAAUGGCGGAGAAGAAAAUCUCUCUCCUCCAUGCUCUUGAGAACAAUAGCCUGCCAAAAGUUUUCAAGAUGACGGAGGGAAGUUUGCAAAUUCCAAAAUGGAAGACGUUUAAGGCUGGUGAAUGUUUUGUUGUUUUUUCGUGUGAAAAGCAAGUGAUUGUCAAGGAUUGCAUAGCAUCGAAUUUGUCCCGAGAUUUAAAACAGAACCUGGGGUUCAUACCUUGGGACACCUCGGAACUCUUCUAUGAUAUUCAUUGUCUGGGGAAAACUUACAAUGAAGUCGAAAUGUUAAUUAAAGAAUUUCCAAGGUAUAUUAUUCCAGCCUCGGAUGUAUUUGCAAUUUGUGAGAAAGAUGGAGAAUGUGAAAGCAUCCGAGUAGAAAAGAAAAGUUUGUUGGAAGUGAAGGAAAUUCGGGAGUACAAAGGAAAUUUCUCUGGAAAGUCUGGAGAGGACUAUACAAAUGCACAAGAACUACAUGGCGAAAUGUUGUGUUGUUCUGUCAAAGAGGGUCCAAAGUCUGGUCUUGAAAUUGUCUUGCCCAAUGCUAUAAGGUGUGUGAUGGAAAUUAUUCAAGACACUGAAAAAUAUACAAUGCAGGAUAUUGUCGAACGUUUCAACUUGCCUAGGAAAGUGAAAUUCUGCAACCGAAAAAUUGAUCAACAUUUAAUAGCCACUCAAAAGUUUCAAAAUGAAAUUUUUGCGUCUUCUCUUUCGAACAAAAUGCUUUUUCUUGCGGACCUAGGAAAGUGCAAUUUAGUGUGUGUUGAUAAUUUCGUGCAGGAGUGCUCGAAUGUUGUUUGCGAGCUUCUGGAAAAUUUAGACCUGACCUCCGUAUAUGUGGAGGUUUUAGAAAACUCGGUUGAGGAGAUAGACACAUUCUGUCCUUUUUAUGUGGUUCCUGAGGCGUCAUUGUUCAAUGAUACCCAAACGUACGUUAUUAAAGGAAUUGAAAAGAAACGAGAGAUAAAAGCUAAUGAAGGAUCUAACCUUGAUACUGGCCGAUCAGCCCAUGCAGGCAUUGAUGAAGAAUACAUCGAACUUUGGAAACCAUCUUCUCCCAAGCCACCUCAAACCAGCGAAAAAGAGGGAACCAGCAGUGAAGAGGCACAUCCUGCCCAGCCUCCAAGAGUUUCUAGUCCUGUAACUCACAGUGCACAUCCGCCAAGAGGAGCAAGUCCGACACCAGAUAUAGCACUCCCGCCCCGAGUGCAUAGUCCUAACAUUCCUCCGCGAACAAAAGAGAAAUGCAGAACGAUGCCCGUCGCGGCCAUUAAGGUCAGUGAGCCGGUUGUUUCAGUUCCGCCGAGGUCAAUGUCCCUUCCGACGGAUUCACUUAAUCCUUCUGUUGAAGCAGCCGAGAACUCUUUAGAGAAGUUAGGUGUAGAGGCAUUGUGCCAUCUGUUGAGAGAAUACAAGCUGGAUAAACUAGCAGACGUUUGUAAGGAGGAGAAGGUUGAUGGGACUUUUAUCGCAUGCUUGACUGAGGAUGACCUCAGAGAUGAACCCUUCUGUCUGGGAAAUUUCCAAAUUAAGAAACUCAACAAACUCAAAAGCGGUUGGAGAGCUACCUAAGAUAGGAAGGCCUAUCUGUAGUCAGUUUUAGUUAACAUUUUUGAAAAAUUGGAUUUUACAUGUGAAUUACAAAUAUAUAGAUAACCUGAACCAGAGGUUCAAGUAGAACAUCCUCUUUGAUUGAUGUUUGUGCGUUUCGGUUUAUCUUUUGAGCUUUGAAACUCAAAACCUAGCUAUUUGCCCAACUACUUCAAUUUAUCAUCGAAGCGACAACUCCUUGCUCGAACAAGGGGAAUUUGAUUUAGCACAGCUGCCAACUGAGAAAAAAUAUCAAAUACAUUUAUAUGUAUAAAGCGUAAAGGCCAAAAAGUCUCGUUAUUUGAAUCCCGGUCAUUUUUGUUAAAUAUGUAUUUUUGUUCAUAGAUGGACAUGUUGAUUGCAGAUCUAUGUGUAUGUAUAAUUGCGUUAAUUUUAAGGUGCCUCUACUUGUUUAAUUUUACGUAAAUGUAUUUAAUUAUUGUUAUAUAUGUUUUGUUGAUUAUUAAUAUAAAAGAAAAUAACGAA